AUCAACUUUUAGACCAACUGAUGAACAACCCCAAGGGGAUAGUCAUCAUAACCUAACAGCAAAUACUCUCACAGGAGGUCGGGAGUUCGAACCCCUCUGGGCUACUCAAAGAAAUUUUUCUGAUAAUUGCUGGUGCAUGUUUGAUUAAAGAAGGGAUGGUACGUGCAUUGUGACUUGAAACAAUUCGAUGUCGGAUUAAGAAGAGGGUGGUUGAGCCCAUCGCACAUGGAGAGGUAUAUGAAAUCUAGCAAUUGUGUUACAUGCAGGGUAGAAUCAUCUGUGGGACUCAAAAUUUUCCUACAAUCUAUGGACCUCCUUUAACCUAAAAUGUACUGUAUUAAAUACAGAAGUCUAUUUCAGGGUCUAAGCAUUUAAAGUCUUGAUACAAGUCAAAUAAUGACUCUCUCGUGUAAGUUACAGUUUUCCUUUCGUUGGCUCAAGCAUCUGGAGUGAAUGUCGACUUCACAUUAAGUAGAGGCACCUACCUCACGGGAGGCUUUUAGACCCUAAACGUUAAAGCGGGCUCUGUUUGACUACUGUUUUGCUUUGUAUUUUUGUUUUAAUUUGAAACAAAAGCAGCGUUUCUAUUAUGGAGUAUAUUCAACGAUAAUCGAGAAAACAUACUUUAUAAUGUUAUACUAGUCAUAAGAUUUUUUGAAGUAAAAUGACUAAUUAAAAAGGUUACUUAAGAUUUUUUUGGUUUUGGUAUCUUUUUUCGAAAAUGUUUGGAUACUACAAAUUUUAGAAAAUUUUAAGUACAGUACAAAUAAGAAACGAAGCAAAAGCGGUUGUGUGACUAAAUAGAGACUGAUAUCAUCGUGACAUUACUGUCAGUCUCUAUUCAUGUAAAUCAAUCGGAGUUGGAUUCAAAAUCAUUAUUACCCUUAUAUUUAUAUACUCUCUCGGGGCUCCUGCUAGCUUUGGUUUCUCACUCUCUCCCUUCUUGGUACAUAGUAUCUCUUUUGAAGAGAGUUGAAAAAAUAGAAUAAAAAAUGGCUUUGAUUUCAAUUAAGCAUAUGCUCUUGCUCAUGGUCAUACCAACAGCUGCUUUACUCUCAUCUUCCAACAACUCUAGUCUAGGCGCACAAGCAAGGGGCCGUGAAUUGAUACUUGAAGCUGAGGAGUUGUCAUACCUGAUCAGAGUAUUGGCAGGAGGAGCCCUUAACAUGGCGAGAAGAAAGAUAUGGCAGAUGAGUGAGGAUUACAUUGCCAAGUACUACGGAGAGGAAGCUCAAAAAGGUUUCAAGACGGGCAAAAUUACGUUUCAAGAAGCCGACGAGUUGUUGGAUUUGAUGCGCAACACAGCUGCAAUGACAUGUUCAAUCAACUUCUAUUUCUACCCUGCGUAUGGUGCGUGCUUGCCGUGCCAAUCUCCACUGGGAGUGGAGGUGGGAUUGGCAGCUUGCGAUCCAUAUUGUCAGUUGGUGUUGGAUAGCAAUAACAAUGUGGCAUGUCAGUUGCCCUGUGCUAGCAGUCCCAGUGAUACUGUUGGUUAUGGCGGUUACAGCUCCGGCGGGGGUGUUGGUUAUGGUGGUUAUAGUGCCGGCGGUAGUGUUGGUGGCUACAUUGCCGGCGGUGGUGGUUAUGGCUGUGGCCGUGGAAAUGGUGGUUGUGGAGUUGUGAUAGCAGUGGUGACAAUAUUGAUGGGGCUGGUACUUGGUCGCUAAUUCCACAGUUCCUUUAGUGUGUGUGUGUGUUUUUUUUUUUUUUCCUUGUAUUCUUCCAUGCUUGAUUCAACAGUUCAUAAUAUUGCUGAUC